CGUACACACACGUACACACACACACAGCAACUCUCUACAGGAAAAGCUAGAGACAGAAUGCGCAGCCCCUUCACAGCAGCUCUGGUGCAUCGCGGUGUCCAAAUGGGAUCUUGCUAUACACUUUGAUAGUUGGUUAAUUACUCACAUGAUACCACACAGAUGUCUGGGGGGCUCUAGCCGAAUAUUCGUCUCACUAACUCACUGACUGACUGACGGGAUCCUGGGGAAGGCAGACAUUUAAGGAGCGCCGUGCUAAACAGCCAUAAUCAGGCUCAUAUCACCUCAUCUGGAAAUCAAAGAGCGAACUGCAUUCUGCAAUGGGCAUUAUGACGCUACAAUUGUUUUUGCUAAUGGCCGUCCUGGCCACUGUUGGAAUAUGUCACAUUAAUGGAACAGAGGAAGUCCUUCAAAACUUUACUACCUCCAGAAUCAAUGUGCAUAAAGUUCUCCAGCCUACAACCGGAAAUAACUAUACCAGACAGAAGGGACCUCCAUCCUGCAAAGACCCCACUUUCAUCAGGCACUAUUUUAAAUAUAUUAACACAAUUAUUUCCUGUGCUGUGUUUGUGGUGGGAAUGGUGGGUAAUGCCACCUUGCUGAGGAUUAUUUACCAAAACAAGUGUAUGAGGAAUGGACCCAACGCCCUCAUUGCCAGUCUGGCUCUUGGAGAUCUCAUCUACAUCACCAUAGACAUCCCUAUCAAUGUCUACAAGCUACUUCUCGAAAAAUGGCCAUUUGAUGACAACUCUUUUGGACUCUUCCUGUGUAAACUGGUGCCUUUCCUCCAGAAAGCAUCUGUUGGGAUUACAGUACUCAAUCUGUGUGCUUUGAGUGUGGACAGGUACAGGGCUGUAGCGUCCUGGAGCAGAGUGCAGGGGGUCGGCGUCCCCCUCUUCACUGCCAUUGAGAUCAUCUCCAUUUGGGUAAUUUCCAUCAUCUUGGCUGUGCCAGAGGCAGUGGUCUUCAACAUGGUCACCUUUAACUACAGGAACCAAACUUACCACACCUGCAUGCUCAAGCCUGAAACUGGCCUGAUGAUGUUCUAUGUAAAUUGGAAAGACUGGUGGUUAUUUGGCUUUUACUUCUGUGUGCCACUGGCCUGCACAGCUAUUUUCUACACCCUCAUGACAUGUGAAAUGCUCAACCGCAGAAAUGGAGGCCUUCGGAUCGUCCUCAGCGAACACCUUAAACAGCGGCGUGAAGUGGCUAAAGCAGUCUUCUGUUUAGUGCUGAUCUUCGCUCUUUGCUGGUUCCCUCUUCAUCUCAGUAGACUGUUGAAGAAAACAGUUUAUGCUCAAAAUGAUGAAAGACGUUGUGACCUAUUAAACUUCCUGUUGAUCAUGGAUUACUUUGGCAUUAACUUGGCCACUGUGAACUCCUGCAUCAACCCCAUCAUCCUCUAUUUUGUGAGCAAGAAGUUCAAGAAUUGCUUUAAGUCAUGCUUGUGCUGUUGGUGUUACACCAAGAACCAGGUGUCCAGCUCAGGCCCAAUGAACGGCACUAGCAUUCAGUGCAAAAACCAUGAGCCCGGCAACCUCAUUACCGACAGAAGCCUCCGCAAAUACAGUGAUUGAGAGGUGAAGGACUCACUCCAGUCAGCCUACAUGCUUUAAACGCAUAGAAGCAGACAUCAUCCAGUGUCAAACUUUGAGGUGGAAAACAUUGUAACUAUUUUUAUGAAACUAAAGUUCCUGUGCUCUGCACAGUAUCAGGCUGUUUUUAUAUAUAGCAUCAGACCAGACAAUGGACCUGAUAUAUAAGAGCUACAGCAGCUGUUCCUAGACUUUCAGAGGGUUGUUUUGAAGUGAGCUGUGUGAGAAAUGGUGGGAGUGAAGACCAACAGCAACAGGAUGCAGCUGAACCUAACAGCCAAGAAUUAACCUUCAUCAGGAGCUUGACAUGUUUUCCUUAUGUAAAAGCUGACCUAUGAGCAUGCUCUGGAUCGUCACUGUCCGACGUUACUUAAAGGAAGAGUGAAGUGCUCAAUCUGUGUUUUCUGUGUUUCUACCUACAAGCUUUGCCAAAGAAACUCCCUGCAUGUCUUUAUUUAGUUGUUAAGUGAAUCAUAAUGUGCGCUGGACGACACCUCUGUUUAUUUAGUGGGGUAGGAAGAUAAUGAAUAUAUGCCUUUGUGUUUGACUGCCAAAUUAAGUUUAUUGUGUGUAUGCUUGUUUAAGAUGAAAAUGUAAGCUCAGAAUUAAAUUAAAAAAUCAAAUCAUGAACAUAAGACAGCAACUGUGAAAUGAACCAGCUGGAUUUAGUUCCAGCAAUAAGGAGGCAAAUGAAACUUGGACCUUGCUGGGAUUUAAGAGUAAUUUCUAGGAAUGCAUCCAACUGAAACAAAUGCUGUGUUAUAGGGUAAAGAAAGGGAAAAAAGAGCAUAAGGGCGCGGGAAAAGCGGCCAUUCUGUAAUCAAACAAAAACGCCCAAGAGAUACAAACAUAUCUUUGUCUUUUUUUUUUUUUUUAUGAAACUGUGAAUUUUCUGUGUAGAGAACUCAUACAUGCUAUUAACCUUGCAUAAAUUAAUAUUUGUAAUAUUUAAUAGCCUCAGUAUUUGUAUAUCAUCUGUAUUUUAAGUUGAAAUAUUUUUUGUUGAAGAGGUUGUAGGAAAAAAAGUUUGGGGUCAGUAAGAUUUUUUCUUCAGGAAAUAAAGAUGCAUUAAACGGAUCAAAAGUAACAGUAAAAACAUUCAAAAUGUUAUAAAAGAUUUCUCUUUCAAAUAAAUGCUGAACUUUACAUUUCUGCUGAAAAUUGCAUUUUUAAACAUUCAAAUAGAGAGCUAUUCGGAAUUGUAAUA